AGGACUUUGCUAUUUAUAACGUAUAAAUAAACCAUCUAUCAACAACGCACACUUCGCUAAACUUCUUUACGUUAUUUAAAUAAAGUUUUUUUAUGCGUUCAAUCGCACCGCAAAGAUGGCUGCCUCCAUACUGAAGGUUGCAGUUGCAGGUCUCUCGAGGAGUGCACUGCAAACGUUACCCUCCGUGAGGGCAUUGUCUUUGUCUGUGCCUAUCAGACAGGGUGUCCCCCAGUCGUUGUGGAAGUUAGGCAGGUUGAAUCAUGUGGCUAUCGCAGUACCAGACCUAGAGAAAGCCACAGCACUGUACCGCGAUGUGCUGGGGGCUCAGGUGAGCGCAUCUGUCCCUCUUCCUGAGCACGGGGUGUACACUGUGUUUGUGGAACUGGGCAACACCAAAUUAGAGCUCCUGCAUCCUCUGGGAGAGAAAAGCCCAAUCGCAGGAUUCCUGCAGAAGAACAAAGCUGGAGGGAUGCAUCAUAUCUGUAUAGAGGUUGAUGAUAUUAAUGCAGCAAUAGCUGAUUUAAAGGAAAAGAAAAUCAGACUGCUCUCCACAGAGCCACGGAUAGGAGCGCACGGCAAACCUGUGAUGUUUCUCCACCCUAAAGAUUGUGAUGGUGUUCUUGUGGAGAUUGAGCAAGCCUAGACCUUUUGAAGGCACAUGCAAGCUUUCAAGUCAUUGCAUUGUGUGGCAGACAGUGACACUAAACAUGAUUUGUUACAUUAUGAAAUGUUAUUAUUUUCUGAUCCUCAUGUCAUUUUAAACGUGUAUGACUUCACUGGACCACAAUAUGUUUUUGUUCUCUUGUAUCUUGAUAGAAUUCUAUUCACACUACUCUUUUAUUUAUUAAUUGAAAAUGAAUAGAGACUGUGAAUUUGUCAUAUAGGUUUGAAACAACAUGAUGGGUACGUUGUAAUUGGUAUAUGGGUUAGUAAAUGAUUACAAAAUAACCUUAAUAAUCCUUAAUCUUUAACAAUUCAAAAGAAUCAUUAAAGGCAUUCAAGUGAUGAUUGCAAAACAGCAGAUUUCACGUAAUAUGUGUUUGAUUUUCUUGGAAUUGUGCCUUUUCCCUAUGUAAUGAUUUUUCUUAUUGACUUCAAUAAUUAGUUUGUCGUGGGUAAGACUUCCUAAGGCCAUUUACAAAACUGAGAAUCUCUUGUGCAUGAACAUUUCACAUAAACAAUUAAUACAUUCUUUUUACUUUUGUAGUGUAGGAUCACUUUCUAAUGUUAUUGUAAUAUCGGUAAGAGCAUCUAUCAAAACAGGAAUAAACCCACUAAAAUAUAGGUUUAUUAAUGCUAAAAAUAGAAGAGCAUUUACCUGAUGUUAUGAAAAUAUAAGAUGCCAGAUAGGUUUUUUAUGCUCAUGAAUGUGAAUUGAAAUCCACUCAUCUGGCGUUCAGUAGAGUAGACAGAUUGAAGCCUUUUCUUUUUGGCAGACAAGCAUGUAAUUGAGCGACAACUUGGAUUAAACCCAUCGCUCCACUGUACUCAACCCUCUGCCAAAAUGAAAGUAGUAUUUGUUCUCUAAAUCUGCUUCUUUUGGAUAUAACUGAAGAAGUAAGAUUAGGAACUUGUGUUUGUGGCCUGCUUUUCUCACUUUGUGGUCUCUGAGGUCCUUUUUGAAGUUUUCUGCAUUAUCGUCUCAUUUAGUAGUUAAAAUAAAAUUGAUAUUUUUGCAAUUUCAA